UUGAUAGGCAUGUUCAAGAAAAGUGAUGGCGGAGAAAAGAAAGGAGGGCCUGAUGAAAGUGCAUUAAAGGCCGAAGUUAAAAUGGAGGAGCACCAGGUGGAUUUAGAAGAGCUAUGUGGAAGACUGGGGACCGAUCUUGUUCAGGGUUUGGAUGAAUCACUAGCCAAGAAACGACUGGAAGAGUGCGGGCCAAAUGCGGUAACUCCGCCCAAAACGAUUCCAGAAUGGGUCAGACUACUCAAAUGCAUGCUUGGGGGGUUUUCUAUUUUGUUAUGGAUUGGAUCUAUUUUAUGCUUUAUUGCAGGAACUAUCGAAUACACUACAGUACGCUUCCCACAGAAUGACAAUUUAUACCUAGGAGGAGUCCUGGCUGCAGUGGUCCUUAUUUCCGGGCUAUUCACGUACUACCAGGAGUCUAAAUCGUCCAAGAUAAUGGAAAGCUUUAGAACCAUGGUACCACAAACGGCCCUGGUUAUUCGUAACGGCGAACGUCAUAUUAUAAGUGCAGAACAAUUGGUUGUUGGUGACCUGGUUGACGUGAAAGGUGGAGACCGAGUACCUGCGGACUUGCGCGUGAUCUAUGCUAGUAAUUUAAAGGUUGAUAACUCCUCAUUGACAGGAGAAUCGGAACCUCAAACACGCUCCACACAAUGCACGCAGGUUAAUCCACUUGAAACGAAGAACCUACUAUUUUUUUCAACAAACGUAGUUGAGGGGAGUGGUAGGGGUGUUGUAGUUAGAACGGGUAACGACACAGUAAUGGGACGCAUUGCCCGUCUAACCACCACGAUUGAGAACCAGCAGACGCCACUUGGAAGAGAGCUAUCUCACUUCAUACGCAUCAUAACGAUUGCUGCAGCGACCAUCGGAGUUUCGUGUACUUCAGCUUCCCUCUAUUUCGGAUACAGUUGGAUUGAAGCUACUUUAUUUUUGCUUGGAAUUAUCGUGGCCAUGGUUCCAGAGGGUCUUCUACCCACAGUUACGGUGGCCUUGGCUCUAACAGCUCGCCAAAUGGCCAUCAAGAACUGUCUUGUGCGCAAUUUGGAGGCGGUAGAAACGCUUGGAUCGACUAGUUGUAUUUGUUCCGACAAGACUGGCACGCUUACCCAAAAUAGGAUGACGGUUGCACACCUUUGGUGUGACGGUAUUGUAAUUGAUGCUGACGAGGACGACGAUGUUGUUAUAGAACCACAUGAACACACAUGGAAUGCAUUAAGUCGCGUUGCGAUGUUGUGCAAUCGAGCAGUAUUUAAAAGCCACGAAGCUAACGCUCCGAUUAGCCGGCGAGGGUGUAUAGGAGAUGCUUCAGAAGUCGGGCUAAUGAAAUACUUUGAAGACCGAGUAGGGUCAACAAUGCAAUUCCGGAGCACUCAUGAAAAAGUUGCCGAGAUCCCAUUUAAUUCAACACAAAAAUUUCAGGUUUCUAUUCACCGCAAUGAGACAGAAAAUUCUCAUUUUGUGCUGGUAAUGAAGGGCGCACCGGAGAAGAUUCUAGAACUUUGCUCUACCAUAAUGAUCCAUGGAGAGGAUCAAGAACUCACCGACCAAAUGCGGCAGGCGUUUAACGAUGCUUACCUAAGACUAGGCGCAAUGGGUGAGCGAGUACUUGGAUUUUGUGACUAUGAACUACCAGCAAGUCAGUACGACGAAACUUAUUGCUUUGAUACGGAGGAAGUGAAUUUUCCAUUGGACGGACUGCGCUUUGUAGGUUUAAUUUCACUGAUCGAUCCCCCUCGGGCAUCAGUCCCCCAGGCAGUGGCAAAAUGUCGACAAGCCGGAAUACUGGUAGUGAUGGUGACCGGAGAUCAUCCAAUCACGGCGAAAGCCAUUGCAAAGUCCGUGGGAAUACUUUCGCCACACAGUAAAACAAUCGAGGACAUUGCACAGGAACGCGGUAUCGACAUUAAGCAAGUCGAUCCUAGGGAAGCGAAUGCAUGUAUUGUCCAUGGAAGUGACUUAAGAGCGAUGACUCCGCAACAGUUAGAUCAAAUGUUACUACAAUAUGAGGAGUUCGUGUUUGCAAGGACCAGUCCACAACAAAAGUUGGCGAUCGUGGAAGGGUUUCAACGCCAAGGACGGUUUGUUGCGGUAACAGGUGAUGGGGUGAACGACAGUCCAGCCUUGAAAAAGGCCGAUAUCGGUGUUGCCAUGGGUAUCGCUGGCAGUGACGUUAGCAAACAAGCAGCGGACAUGAUACUGCUGGAUGAUAACUUCGCAUCCAUUGUAACAGGUGUGGAAGAAGGGAGAUUGAUCUUCGAUAAUUUGAAAAAAUCAAUCGCAUAUACUUUGACAUCGAAAAUCCCAGAGCUGCUUCCAUUCAUUCUGUUCAUGCUCUUGAAGAUUCCACUGGUAUUGGGCACUGUCACUAUUCUGUGCAUAGAUCUGGGCACAGACAUGUUUCCAGCAAUUUCAAUGGCUUAUGAGGGUCCUGAAAGUGAUCUUAUGAAACGUAAACCACGUCAUCCGAAGAAAGAUCGAUUGGUCAACAUGAGGCUAGUAACCAUGGCGUUUUGCCAAAUUGGUGCAAUUCAGGCUGCUGCAGGAUUCUUCGCUGCAUUUGUGGUCCUGGCCGACAACGGGUUUUUACCAGGAAUAUUGUUUGGUAUAAGUCAAAACUGGAACUCUCGCAAUUAUAAUGAUCUACCUGAUUCCUAUGGUCAGGAGUGGACCUAUGGGCAACGGAUGACACUUCAGAAGGCCGCUUACACAUCCUUCUUCGUUGCCGUAGUGAUUGCGCAGUGGGCGGACUUGGUCAUUUGCAAAACACGUCGUCUGUCUAUUUUCCAACAGGGAAUGUUCAAUCACAAGCUGUCGACAUCAUUGUUCUUCGAGAUCACAGUAGCCUGGGUUUUGCAGUACAUUCCAGGGGUAAAUAAGGCUAUUCAACUGGAGCCGAUGGUAUAUCAAUGGUGGACUCCGGCACUACCAUUUGCUUUGUUAAUUCUUGCCUAUGAUGAGGUACGGAAGUGGAUCAUUCGAAAACGUCCCAAUGGAUGGCUCGAAAGAGAGACCUACUACUGA